AUGGCAAAACAUAUAAUCUCUACUCCUUUCAUCAUUGUAUUACACCUCUUCAUCCUAAUCACCACCAUUCCCUCUUCACUUUCCAACAACCAUACUGAUCUUGAAGCUCUUCUAGCAUUCAAGAAAUCCAUACACGAUGAUCCACUGCAUGCUUUGAGCUCAUGGAACGAAACGACACAUUUUUGCCGGUGGAAUGGCGUCUCCUGUAGCAAAAGGCAUCCCAACAGAGUUGUCUCUCUUUCUCUGCGGUUUCAAAGCCUUGUGGGAUCGCUCUCACCUCACAUUGGUAACCUUUCUUUCCUCAGAAUUAUCGACUUGCAAAACAACACCUUCAACGGCCCAAUCCCUCAGGAGAUUGGUCGCCUCAGAAGGCUUCAAAUGAUCGAGUUUAGUAAUAAUUCUUUCGGAGGCGGGAUUCCAACAAACCUAUCACGAUGCACAAAUCUUAAUUACUUGAAUUUGAUUGACAAUGAGCUUAGUGGAGUCUUAGUCCCCGAGAUAGCUUCUCUUGUCAACCUCCAACAUUUAGGUUUGUCAGACAACAUGCUUUCGGGCACCAUCCCGCCAUUCCUAGGAAACCUCACGGAUCUCUUACGACUUGCAUUUGGAGGUUGCGGCUUGCAAGGAGUUAUUCCGGAGUCCCUCUCUCAGCUUAGAAGAUUGCAGCUUCUAAAUUUGGGUGGCAAUAAUCUAACUGGUAUUAUUCCAUUAGGCCUUUAUAAUCUUUCAAGUAUCGAAAUUUUCAUAGUUGAUUCCAAUCGACUCCAUGGAAACAUACAUUCCGACAUAGGCUCUACACUUCCCAAGUUGAGGAUUCUUCAGUUGCACACCAAUCACUUCACUGGAGUGCUUCCACCAUUUUUAUCGAACUGUUCCCUGAUUGAACGCAUAGAAGUAGCUUUGAACAAUUUCACUGGGAAUAUGAUAGAUUUUACGAGGCUUUCAGCUCUUGAAUUUCUAGUAGCUCAAUCUAACCGUUUCAAUGGAGAUUUCGGUAGUAUUUUUUCAUCCCUAACAAACUGCACCAACCUUGCAGCUUUGGCGCUGAUAGGAAACCAGUUCACUGGUUCAUUACCAGAUUCCAUUGGCAAUCUUUCUAAUCGCUUGUGGUUCUUGGGUGUCAGUAAAAAUCAGUUAAGUGGAAGCAUUCCAUCCAGUAUAGGAAACCUUGUUGGUCUUACUGCUUUAUAUGCUGAUACCAAUAAUCUAAAAGGUCCAAUUCCUUCCUCCAUUGGAAAACUUCAUAGGUUGCAAGAAAUCAGUCUCCAUAAAAAUAGACUCACAUAUGAGAUGCCAUUUUCAUUAGGCAACUUGACUUUGUUGAACAAGCUCUACUUAGGAUUAAACAAUCUUUCUGGGAGUAUACCUCGAAGUCUUGCCAAUUGUACCAACUUGUUAUUGUUAGAUGUUUCAGAUAACAAUCUCAGUGGUUCAAUACCUCCCGAAACUAUUAAGCUUUCAUCCAUUUCCAUUGCACUCGACCUAUCUCGCAACGCCUUGACGGGAACUAUUCCAUCAGAAGUUGGAACUUUGAGAAAUCUUGGGUACUUGGACUUGUCCGACAAUAGAUUGUCUGGAACCAUUCCAAUUGCUCUGGGCAGCUGCGUGAUGCUCAGUGUGCUUUACUUGGAGAGAAAUUCACUUCAUGGUGAGAUUCCUGAUGUGUUGAUGUCUUUGAGAGGCUAG